AUGUGCAUCCGACCAUCCCCUAACAUCGACCGGCUCGCGCCACCAGUGAUCAAGAUGGCUAUCAUUCGUGAUUUUUAUAACCAGCAGACGCUCGGCGCAAACCUCCACGAGAAGCUCAAUCAGUCCAAGGUUCUCAUGUUCCUCUUCCGACACGAACACAUCAAGAAGUCCAAGUCUUUGGUUGCGAAGGAGGUCGCGCAAAAGUUUAACCCGGACGCCAACAUCACUGCCUACCAUGCGAACAUCAAAGACGCGCAGUUCGGCGUCGAGUGGUUCCGCGGUUUUACCCUCGUUUUCAACGCGCUGGAUAACCUUGAAGCCCGGCGACACGUGAACAAGAUGUGCCUUGCUGCAGACGUACCGUUGAUCGAGAGCGGUACGACGGGCUUCAACGGGCAGGUUCAAGUUAUCAAGAAGGGCGUGACCGCUUGCUACGAUUGUAGCCCCAAGGAGACACCGAAGUCGUUUCCCGUAUGCACAAUUCGCAGCACACCAAGCCAACCUAUUCACUGUAUAGUAUGGGGCAAGAGCUACCUUCUUAAUGAGAUUUUGGAACCAGCGAGGAUGAAUCCGCAUUCGAUCACACGGUUGACGCAGACAAUGCGCAAGAAAUCGAGGAGCUGA